AUGGCAGUCCGCACGUUCACCGGCCCGGAAGACGCUGAGCCUGCUCAUCGCCCCGAAACGGAAAGCCCAAUCAACUUGUGCGCAUCAACAGUGGCAUCGGCAGCUUACCAUCUCACAGUGAACAACGAGGUCCUGACGGCUCCGACAGGAAAUUACCUUGAUCUUGACAAGCAGUUGUUGUUCUUGAAACUGAUGAUGAUGGUGCAGAUGGCUUCUCCUUCGCUUGUCUCCCUGCUCCUGCUCUGCUGCGGUCUUACCUCCACAGACUCCCGGGACGUUUGCGACACCUACGCCCCAGUCGGCGGGAGUUUUGCCGUGCCUCUGCGCCACACACUGCAAAAAUCUGAACGCUUGAAAUGGCAGCACAACAAGAUCAAGAUCUUUGAUCAAAAACCAGACGGGAUUAUUACAGGGAAGCGGGAGGAUGUUUAUGAAAAUGGAUCCCUGAAGCUGACAAGCCUGAAGAAAAGCAGUCAGGGCGAAUACAUCCCCGAGGUUUUUGAUGCAAAAGGAGAAUCUGUAAUAAAGAAGCAAAGUCUAUAUUUGUGUGUGCUGGAUGCGGUCCCAAAGCUGAGCUUGAAAAUGGAAUGUGCCUUGCCCAAUGUGAAAUUCACAUGCAUGCCUGCUGGUCAGACGCCGAACGCCACUGUUGCGUGGUUUCAGAAUGGAAAAGUUUUGCCUCAGGAAAUCGGACGGACGGUGCUGCGAGUUGCCGACGAGGUGAUUCGCGAUUCGUUCGCUUGCAAAGUUUCCAAUCGCGUCAGUUCCAUGAGCAGCGAGAGUGUGAUCCAAAAGUGCAUCGGCUCGAAGUUAUUUGGCCUCGAUUUUCGGAUCAUGGUGAGCAUCCUGGCCAGCAUGGGAGGCCUUGCGCUGUUGUUGCUAAUCAUCUUAAUCGUUUGCUGCGUCCGAGCCGUACAAGAAAAACAUAAACAAGUUCAAGAGGAGGGGGAGCUUCGUUUGGGGUGGACCAAUCCUGAAGGGCAGCAACAUCAAUGUCGUCACCCACCCAAUGAGGAUCGCCAUCAUCAUCCUCAUCACCGGGAGCGGCCGGCGGGUCAAACCGGACCUCGGCAACACCGCGGCAACCGGCACGGCGAGCCACAGCAGCCGACGACCGGCCCCCGAAGAGCAGCACAGGGCUCCGAACCUGCGGGCACGGGCGAGCAGGCUCCUCCUCUUCCUCAGCCCAGGAAGAAGACUCAAGCACGAAGAAUGUGACAAUCCCUCACCUUCAAAUAUUAUCAUCAUCAUUAUCAUUAUCAUCAUCAUCUGACAGCAUUUAGGAUCCCUAAUUUGCCUACAGUGGAUAUAAAAACUCUACACACCCCUGUUCAAAAGCCAGGUUUUUGUGAGUAACAAAUAAUCAGACCGAGAAAAAACAUUUAAGAACUUUUUCCGCUAUUAAUGUGACGCAUAACCUGCAUAACUUUGAUUAUUCUUGUUCAUCUUUUCAAGCAGGCACGUAAAAAUGAACAACUAAGAUAAUUGGGUUUCACGACUGUGAACUGAACAGACUCUCCGAAACACGUGGGAAAAUGUGAUAUGAGCCGAUCAAACCAAGCUUGAACAUUUUGGCCAUCAUUUCAAAAUAUGCACUGGGUACGGAAAGUAUUCAGACCCCUUCAAUUUUUCACUCUUUGUUAUAUUGCAACCUUUUUGUUAAAAUAAUUUCUGUUCAUUUUUUUCCUCAUUAAUGAACACACAGCACGCCAUAUUGACAGAAAAAAAACGGAAUUGUUGAAAUUUUUGCAUUUUAUUAAAAAAAGAAAACUGACAUAUCCCACACCCACAAGCAUUCCGACCCUAUGCUGAGUAGUAGAAGCCCCCUCUUGAGCUCAUACAGGGUUCUCCUGGAAGAAAACCUUCUCCAGAGUUCUUUGGACCUCAGACUGCCCCGAAGGUUCACCUUCAAAAAUAAGCACACAGCUAAAAUACCGAAGGAGUGGCUUCAGAACAACCCUGUGACUGUUCUUGAAUGGCCCAGCCACAGCCCUGACUUAAACCCAAUUGAGCAUCUCUGGAAAGACCUGAAAAUGGCUGCCCACCAACGUUCACCAUCCAACCUGACAGAACUGGAGAGGAUCUGCAAGGAGGAAUGGCAGAGGAUCCCCAAAUCCAGGUAUGAAAAACUUGUUGCAUCAUUCCCAAAAAGACUCAUGGGUGUAUUAGCUCAAAAGGGGGCUUCUACUAAAUACUCAGCAAAGGGUCUGAAUACUUAUGGCUGUGGGAUAUGUCAGUUUUCUUUUUUAAUAAAUCUGCAAAAAUGUCAACAAUUCCGUUUUUUAUGUCAAUAUGGGGUGCUGUGUGUACAUUAAUGUGGAAAAAAAUGAACUGAAAUGAUUUUAACAAAAAGGUUGCAAUAUAACAAAGAGUGAAAAAUUGAAGGGGGUCUGAAUACUUUCCGUACCCACUGUAUGUUUGGCACAGACGCAACACUGCUCGUCACCAAAAGGACGCAAUACCUUUAGUGAAGCUUGGUGGCGGUAGCAUCUUGCUUCGAGGCGUUUUUCUUCGGCUCAAACUGGAGCCUUUCAGUGUGUCCAGACCGAUUGCGACCCGAUUACGUAGAAAGUCGAUACAAAUGCCUGAAUAAGCGGCAAUUUGUGUCAGGUGAUGCAAAAGACGGGUUUGACGUAACGCGAGUCAGGCGAACACUCGAUAAUUAGCUUCUCCGCCGAUUCAGUCGAGUUGGGAAAAUGCAACUCGAGACACGAAUUCUCGAGACGCGAACUCACGUGACGUUGAGUCGCGACAGCCAGUCGGCGAGGAGAAUAUACUGCGCACUGUACAGGGUAUCGGCCACAUUGAAGGUGGAAAAGGUUUUCGAAAUGAUCUUAGGCUCAUGUUUUUCAUCCAUCCAUCCAUUUUCAGCCAAUCGCAGGCAUACAACAAUUCACACCUACAGGUAAUUUAGAGUCGUCAAUCAACCUCGCACACGUGUUUUUGGGAUGUGGGGGGAAACCGGAGUGCCCGGAGAAACCCCACGGUGAGAAGAUGCAAACUCCACACAGGCGGGGCAGGGGAUUGAACCCCGGUCCUCAGAACUGUGAGGCUGACGCUCUAACCAGUCAACCACCGUGGCACUGGUGCUCAUGCUUUCAAAUAACAGGGGUGUGUUUACUUUUUAUAUCCACAGUACGAGAUUUUUAACAACACCUCUCAGUAUGAUGCAGUGGAGUUGUGCAAUCACAAUUAACAAACAUUGUUUCAAUAAAUGCCUGCGUAUGCAUUUA